GGAUUCAGACGGAUGUUGAAUUAAAUGAUGUUUGGUGUUCGCUCUCCUCACCGAUGAAACAAGCUGCUGCCAACAGCUUCAGGUCAAAGGUCAGCGGGAGGCUGUGAGAGACUCCUAGGAACAGAACUGAGGGACAGGAAGCACACGAAGGGUUCAACACACUGAUGUCAUCAUCGAUACUCAAACUGAUCGAUCAAUCCUUUGUGCUGGACAGAACAGCUGAGUUAGAUAUGAAGUAUGAAAAGCUUCCUCUCAGUGGCUCCUCCUCCUGUCCUUCUCACCUGUACCGCUUACUGCUCCAAACAGCGCCCUGACGACCAGGACACCUCCAGUUAACCUGAUGAAAAGUGAUGUCAUAGUCCAGGUGAAGAGGGGCGGAGUCAGAAAGACCAUCAGAGGAGUCCUGAAAAGGUCAGCAGGACGCUCUGACCUUGGCGGGUGGUUGAAGGUCAAAGGUCACCUGCUGGAGGCGGUCUGGAGCCUGGCGGCCUUCGUGGGCGGGCUGCUUCUGGCGUCUCUCUUUGGGGUCGCGGCGCUCUUCCUGCAGAAACAGCCUCCGUGGUCGUGCGCCUACGCCACGCUGACCGUGGCCGUGCCGGCGGCGUUCGGGAUGGGGCUGUCGGCCGGCAUCCGGGCCGACGUGUCCGUGCUGCUGCCGUCACUGUGCUCAGCCAAGGGGAAGAAGUUCCUCCUCUUCCUGUUCGUGUCGGUGCUGCUGGCCGGGCCUCUCAACAACACCUUGGAGAACACGGAGCGAGCCGCCGCCAGUAUGAUGUGUGGCGCCGAGCUGGCAGCCAAUCAGACACAGGAGCUGAUGCAAAAGGCAGCCACGCCCCUCUUCUCGGCGCUGAGCAGCAUCAGAGAGAUCAGCAGCAACGCUCGCGCUGCAGCAGGCCGAGUUCACCACUUCAUCAGAGCUUUGACGGACAGCGUUCGCCAUGUUGCUCGCACGCUGAGGAACGUCCUCCACUUCCUGGUGGACAUCGGCGACAUGUGCAACGCCACGCUGGGCUCUCCGUACAGGAAGUGCCGGGCGGUGUUCGCCGAGGCUCGAGCCGACUGCUCCGGCCUGCUGGGGGAGUUGGACUUCCUGUGUGACAUCGUGGACGCCUUCCUGCCGCUCUGCAGCCUCGCCCGCGCCGGCGAGCUCUUCUGCAUCAUCCCCUCCUACAUCGCCAGCCAUCUGAAGAAGCGCCUGGCGGCUCCCGCAGUCGCAGCCUUCGACCGCAUGAAGCGGCAGUUUGACUUCAACCUCUCAGCCACGGUGACCUUUGACCUGGACACCAACAGCAGCCGCUCCCUGCAGCAGGUCGCUCAGGACAUCAUGGAGGAAGUUUCAUCAGAGCUGCACGUGUUUCAGAAACUGAGCGAUCCGCUGACAUAUGGCGGCCUCGUCCUGCUAGCAUGGUCCUUCCUGAGGGCAGUGAGGUAUAGGCGUCGGUAUCUCCGUGAGCUCGACUUUGAUAACGUCUACAUCAGCGCUCAGUUCAAAGAGCUCAACCAACAGGUGACCUCAGGGGGCGGGGCCUCAGUCUUGCCAAUCACACGCAGAGAGGCCAAGACCUACAUCAGACCAUUGUCGUGUCACCUGACGUCUGGUGAGCGGCGUGCGGUGUUGAGGGGCGUGGUCUCGGUCCUCAGACACCUGGUGAUGGGCGGCCUGCUGGUGGCGCUGGACUUCCUGGUGUUCUGGAUGCUGGAUCAGGUGCACCACCAGGUGAAGGGGGACGUCGUGGCCAGAGCCCCGGUCACCGUGGCGGUGCAGGUGAACGGGUCGGGUUACGCCUCCGACAUCUUCAGAGACGUCGUGGCGUCCUUCAACGUCCUGCAGCGAGGAAACGUGACCGUGGUCAGCAGGAAGUGCCUGAUGGAGCCGUCGGAGCCGGACCGCGACACGUGCUUCACCCUGGGGUUCCUGCUGGGUCUGGCUCUACUUGUCUCUCUGACCGGAGGAUUCAUGCAGCGCUGCAGACGACUGGUCUGUGCUGCAUACCACCCAGAGAGAGAGCUGGAGAGGAUCCAGUUCCUUCGGCAGAAGAUCCUGGAUCAAAGGACAACCGUGUGGAGAGCCCUGAGGAGGUCUGCAGCCAGGAGCCCAGGAGGAGGAGGAGGAGGAGGAGGGUUACCUGGAGGAGCUCACCUGGCUCACCUGCUGGGUGGGCCGUCAGUCAGCUGUCUGUCCUGUGGAGAGGAGGUGAGACAGGAGGACGACAUGGUCACCUGUGAUGUCCCUCAGUGUCCAGGCGUGUUCUGUGGGCUGUGUUUCCACGCUUUGGGAAACAGGUGUGUGGUCUGCACGCGACCUCUGACCUUCCAGCAGGAGGAGGAGCUCGACUCCAGUGAGGACGAGCAGCCGAACUCAAACAGGAAGCUCUGCACACCGAGGGCUGGAGCAGGAAGUGACAUCAGCGUGGACUCUGACUCGGAGCUCAGUGAAGCAGACAUGGCGUACCAGAACCAACCCGGGUCAGAUGACAGCGACUCCUCGCCGAGAACCAGCGGCAUGCGGGACCGGACUCCUCAAGCCGUCAUCAUCGCAUGACCAGACUCUCUCCAGGACCCGGUCCCCCAGAUCCUGAUCCAGAACUGUGUGUUAGUUUGAGCAGAGGGUUCACUUUGUAAUCAAAGUUCUGAACACGUGA